AACAGGGUCGCUAUACGUUAAUAAACUGAUGUGGCAGAUAUCACAAGCAACUCGAACACCCGCAGAGCCGCCAUGUUGGAACUGGAACGGCGAGUUUUCGAACGUUCGGUGGAUAGGGGCGUCCUUCGCCUCUGACGUCACACAUCCCCUUUAACUCGGAAACGGAGAGAGGACCGUUUGCGCAUGCACUCUAUGCGCUGUUUUAAACAAGUCCCGAAGAGAGUGAAACAUGAAGGCGGUCGGGGAGCUGCUGAAGGGCAGCGUCUAAAACCUGCAGUGCCUUCUCAAAGUAGUUACCUAAUCGUAAACAGUGCUGUUGUGUCAGUUUCAGGUCUAUAUACGUUUCUGACCGAAAUUUAUCACCGUGAGCUCUCGAAAAUGCGACAAGGAGCACCGUAGAAGUGCGUCUGUUAUUGUUUUUUUUCCCCUCCCGCUGCGGAUCUAAGAUGGAGGAGCUGCGGGCGCAGCUGUAGAUGUCGGCGCUCCGUGGUGCACGCGCGGGACAAGCGGCUCUUCAGCACAGUAAAAAGUGGUCAUAACAAGCGUGAUCCGCAGACUGAAGCUCGACCGAGACGCGCAAGAGAGCAGGGUAGUCGCGCGCGCGCUCCGGCUACCGGCCUUGGGACCGCGGCGCGCGAAACAAGCGGCGAUCUGCUCUUCACGCGGAGCGCGCGUCCCCGCCUGAAGAUGGAGGCACUCUGAACGUAGCAAACCGGGCGGGCAGUCCGCUGUGAGGGGAGCAGCGCGGCAGUGCAGUUGCAGUGACUCCGCGCCGGGGGGCUUUACGAGGAGGGAACGAGCGGCCAGUCGAGUCGGCGGUAACCGGACCCGCGCUGGCGGAUGAGUCACGCGCCUUGCUUUCUGCUUUGUUGCGUCCCCCCCUCCGCAGGAUGAGCGGUGACAGCUGACGGAUCCUCGCGCCUUCGACCCAAGUUUCACAGGACGGAGUCGAGCGGAAUUCACGUCGCGUGACGCGCUCAAGCUCUGUGUGUUUGUGUCAGUGCGUGUCCGUGUGUGUCUGCGUGUUCGCCAUGAGCAUGCGCUCCACGGUGUUCGCCGGCGCCGGCUACAAGCUGGACGCUGCGGGGAAGAAGGAGGCCGAGAGGCUGCGGAGGGAGCCGGGGGACGCGCUACCCGACGCGCCCCGGAAGACGAGCCAGAGUCCUGGCGCUAAAGCGGCGCUCGCGCUCAUCGUGAGCGGCCACAGCAAGGUGGGGUCAGCGCCCGCGCAUGAGGAGACCGUGGUGGCUGCCGGCACGGCGCUCGGCAAGCCCGUGGGAGGCGAGGGCACGGCGGCCCGCGGCAGGAGCGUGCUGGCCCACGGCAACGGCGCCGACAGAACGGAGCGGGAGGGCGCAGACAAGGGGCUCGUCCCCGCAGCGCUGUGCAGCGCGAGGAAGAGCCCGGGCCACUGGCCCGCGCAGGCCACGUGUCUGCGGCAGAUAGUGCUGCUGCAGCUGGACCUCAUCGAGCAGCAGCAGCAGCAGCUGCAGGCCAAGGACAAGGAGAUCGAGGAGCUGAAGGCGGACAAGGACACGCUGCUGGCGCGUAUUGAGCGCAUGGAGCGCCGCCUGCAGCUGGGCAAGAAGGACACACGUGACAAGCGUCUUUUCCAACCUCUUGAACCCUGGACGCCUGACAAGGAUGACUUCCUAGAAGGAGAGACUGCUGAGAGUCCUCCGCUGCACACGCCCAAGAACAUCUCUUUCGGUCGGAGUGGCAAAGGGCACAAAAGGAAGUUCUGCUUUCUGGACACCAAGACACCCAAGUCAAGGGGAAAGUCAAAGUUCUCACCCCACAAGUCAGAGACGGAAGGUGGGUCCCCCUUCCAAAGGGAACUGCGUAGCAAGGAAACCCCCGAGAAGAUGGGUGUGGGACGGCAGUCGCUGCAGGGAGACGCAUCGCCCGUGGCCAAGGAGCCACCCAAGAGUUCUGGUCAGAUAGAGGACCUCCCCUACAUGUCCACCACAGAGAUGUACCUGUGCCGCUGGCAUCAGCCACCGCCGUCGCCCCUGCGGGAGCCCUCGCCCAAGAAGGAGGAGGUUGUAGCCAUCCCAUCGUGGAGAGAGAACGUCAUUGAGCCCUUAGAGAAAGAGGUGGUCUUCGACAUCCCAGAGAAUUUGGAUGACGGUGCAUUUCUGAAACGGCACGCAAAGCUGGAGCUGGAUGAGAAGAGAAGGAAAAGAUGGGACAUCCAGAGGAUUCGUGAGCAGCGCAUGUUCCAGCGGCUGCAGCAGCGCAUGAACAAGAAGAAGGGCUUUCAGGAGAGCGAACCCGAGGUUUCCUCCUUCUAUCCUGACAUCGAAGAUGUGGAGUCCCUGUUGAUCACCCCCUUCCUGCCUGUGGUGGCUUUCGGACGGCCGCUGCCCAAACUGUCUCAGCAGAACUUUGAACUUCCUUGGCUUGACGAACGCAGUCGCUGUCGCAUUGAAAUGCAAAAGAAGCAGACUCCACACCGGAAUUGUCGGAAGUGAGGCCCGCAGGAGUGAGCGUGAUGGAUUGAUGGACAGACACGUGGACGAGCCGCCUGCAGUGUUGUCCGUCUGGAGGAGGACGGGGACUGUGUGCGCACAGCUGGUGUGUGGCACUGUCUCCCAUGAGACAGUCUCCUUUAGACGCAGUUCUCCACACCACAGCGUGAAUGAGAGGACUGAUGGAAAGCCAACUGGGUUUCAUCGUGGUCGUCGAGGUGGUGUGCAGAGUGGAGCAGCAGCAGCAGCAUAAUAUUGGCCGUAAUGCAGCACGGUGGAUUCCUGCGUAUCUGUGUUCAAAACGGGGUUAUUAGUAAGCUUUGCAUAGUGUUGGAGUUACACACUGAGCCCCCAGGCCAUUACAUGGCAAUUUUGCUGUUUUUGUUUUAGUCCUAGAUGACAUGUAGCUAUCAGACACUGAGCUUCCUUGCAGUAUGUGCUCUCACCUUUGUGUGUGUGUGUGUGUGUGUGUGUGUGUGUGUGUGUGUGUGUGUGUGUGAUUUUUACACCAGUCCCUUGACAACAUCAGCACACAUUUCCAGGCUAUACUGAAGAGAAGUUCUCCACAACAGUGUGAGGAAAUGUGGAGGUGUGUGUACAAACCCUAACACACAAAACAGAAGUUGGCUUUGUCAGAAUAGGGGGAGUAUGUUGAAACUGAUUGCAACGAUUUGGACAGCUGUGUGAAGCCAAGAGCUGUAUGUUUGAACUGUAAGGCAGACAGUGUAGUAACAUGUGCACAUGUACACAGAGCUGCAGUGAAGGUGCCUGUUCACCAGUGUUCUCCAGCAGCACUUCACUGACAUACUCUGACCUUGCUGCAGUGUGUUUAUCUGCUGGUGCCAGGUAUGCUGCGGCGUUGUUCCACGAUUGCUUUUCAGAACAAGCAAAAUUACAUGAACAGAGUAGUAAAUGAUGGGUGUCGGAUCGUACUGAAAUUCCCGUUUUACACAGUGAUGCUGCCUUUCUGCAGAAGAAAACAAAUAGUAUGGGCUUUUAAGUGUUUGGAUCCUUAGUUAUGAUGCAGAAAUUUUUUUUCGAGUAUAUUCAAUUGUAACUGAGGUUGACACUUUGCUAUAGCAAAAUAGGCAAAUAUAGCAAAACUAACUGCUUGGUUUGGUAUUGAAAAAAAAAAAUAUAUAUAUAUUCCAAAUGUUCUGCAGUUUGGCAAUUUCUAAUUUCAUAAAGUCAUGUGUGACAGCUGGGUUACAACAACCUCUAGUCUCCAUAAGUCCCUGAACAAAAGGCUCUGUUACUCUACAGAAUAUCACUGUAGUUUUGAAAACAAUGAACUUUCCAAGGACUUUGCUUCUGUGCAUUUUUCAUGGUAGAGGUGGCACCAGUCCGGGUAUCUUUGACAACAAGGUAGACACAUCUACUAUACCGUGUUUGUACUUCACACGCUUGAGGUCACGUAUGAAGUUCCAGUUGGAGUGGGGACAGGCUUGUGUGGAAGUGCAUCCGUGACAACGGGCCCAUGGUUGAACUUGUGCUGUUCUUAUCCAGUUGCCCAUUUUGGCCUGCGACUUCUGCGGCGUGUCCUGUCAAUGUAACACUUGUUUGCUUACCUCACCUUCAAUCGUCGUCUCUUCCCCACCACUGCAGUUCAGAAGACCAGUCAAGUUUGGUCACAUAGAUGUAAAAUGAGUCCUGUACAUAAGUCCUGUUCCAGAAACACACAACCUUGUACAUAUGGAGGAGAUGGCUGUUAUUUUUUUAUUAUUUAAACUGAGUGUUAAGUAUGUUCAGUAUUGGAUAUUCUUUUUAAAAAUUGCCUGUAUGUGGAUAAACUGACAAGUUUGUUUUGUAAUAAAAUACAAAAUUCAUGUGGGGUGUGUAACUUAGCCUGUCUGA